AUGUCCUUCAACGAAAAGACAUCCAGCAAAGACUCCCUCGAGAAGGCUGGGCAGAGCGAGCCUGAGCUUUUCAACCAAGACGUUCGCCAUGCCCUCGCGGCUGAGCUCGAUAUUGUCGACGAGAAGAAGGCCGAUCUCCUGUUCCAGCAAGCAGAGGCUAUCUCUGAUGAGGAAGCAGAAGAGAUUAUGCGUGAAAUUCUCGAGGAGCAUCGCCAUAAUCCCUUUUUCCCUUCCAGAGUCCUUGAACUUGCUCGCGACUUCACCGAGAACCCACAUGUCAAGGAGGACCCCGUUCACUACCAGCGACUCCUCAAAGAGGUCAAGAUGGAAGCUGCUCUUAUCGUCAACGACUCUCCUUAUGUGGAAGUUCGUGCCGUCGUAUCACCCACGGAUGAUCCCAACGAGGCAUGCAGCACUGUGCGCUCUUGGACGAUCGGUAUCAUCCUCGCGUGCUUUGGCGCACUCAUCAACCAGCUCUUCUCCCUUCGCCAGCCUUCGAUCUACGUUGAUCAGAUCGUAGCACAGCUGCUUGCAUAUCCCCUCGGCAAAUACUGGGGCGAAUGGAUGCCUUCGUUCAUCAACCCUGGCAAGUUUACGCGCAAGGAGCACAUGCUUAUCACUGUUAUGGCGAAUGUCUCUUUUGAUGUCGGUUACUCUGGAUACAUUAUCGUCGUGCAGCUGGUACCUACCUUCUUCAACCAGCAGUGGGCGAAGAGCUUCCUGUACCAGAUUACACUCUCGCUUUCCUUCCAGCUCAUGGGUUAUGGCCUUGCCGGUCUCUCCAGGCGUUUCCUCGUCUACCCGUCCGCAGCCAUUUGGCCUCGGAACCUGGCCACAAUCGCGCUCAACAACUCUUUCCACGCCGAGGUUAACCCAACUGCCAAUGGAUGGAAGGUGUCGCAGCUGCGCUUCUUCCUGUAUGCAUUCGGGGGCAUGUUCGUCUACUUCUGGUUCCCCAACUACAUCGCGGCGUUCUUGUCCUACUUCUCCUGGAUGACUUGGAUUGCUCCCGACAACGUCAAGCUUGCGGCCAUCACGGGCUCGCAGUCGGGUCUAGGCUUGAACCCGAUCCCGACGUUUGACUGGAAUGUUGUGAUUGCGACCGCUACUCCGCUUAUUUCGCCAUUCUUUACGACCCUGAACAAUUUUGUCGGCAUGCUUCUGACACUGCCAAUUAUUGUGGCACUCUGGGUGUAUAAUGUAUGGUAUACUGCCUACAUGCCCAUCAACAUCAACAAGCCAUACGAUCGAUUUGGCGCGCGGUACAAGGUCACGAGCAUUGUCAACGAGGAUGGCCUCUUCGACCAAGCUGCCUACGAAGCUUACUCACCUCUCUACCUCUCGGCUUCAAAUGCAUUCUUGUACGGCGUCUUCUUCGCCAUCUACCCGGCUACGAUCGUCUACGCCUACCUCUACCACCGCCAUGAGAUCGUUCGUGGUUUCAAAUCUCUCAUUCGCCGUCACAACCCCAAAGCCUACCAACGCGACGUCCACAACCGCCUCAUGUCGGUUUACCCCGAGGUUCCCGAAUGGUGGUAUGGCAUCCUCCUUCUGGCCGCCAUUACAUUGGGCUUGAUCGCUCUAUUGGCCUUCCCGACUCAUGCCACCGUCGGGUCACUGUUCAUGGGUAUUGCGCUCGCCUUUGUCUUCGUCGUCCCUAUUGGUGUCAUCUACGCUGUGACGAAUAUGCAAGUUACGCUCAAUGUGCUCGCCGAGUUCAUUGGUGGUCUCCUCUUCCCAGGAAAUGCUCUCGCCAUGAAUAUGUUCAAGUCGUACGGAUACGUCACGACCGCUCGAGCCUUGACAUUCGCACAAGAUCUCAAGCUUGGCCACUACUCCAAGGUCCCACCACGCAUCAUGUUCGCCGCUCAGACGAUUGCGACCAUCAUCUCGACCACUGUGGCUAUGGCAAUCUUGAACUGGCAGGUUACUGGUAUUAAGGGUGUCUGCACACCAGAUGCACAGGCAAAGUUCUACUGCCCUGGAACAUCGACUUUCUUCACGGCAUCCGUCAUUUGGGGAACACUCGGCCCAGCUCGCAUGUACGGCAAAGAUGGCCCAUACUUUGUCCUCCUAUUCGGAUUCGUGUUGGGUGCGAUCAUGCCGAUACCCUUCUACUUCCUGGCGAAGCGAUUCCCGGACAACAAGUUCAUCCGUGGAAUUCACAUCCCCAUCUUCCUCGGUGGUGGCCUCAACUGGGCACCUUAUAACUUGUCGCAUGCCUGGCCAGCUGUACCAAUCGCUUGGUUCUUCCAGGUCUACGUACGAAAGCACUAUCUGGCGUGGUGGCAGAAGUACAACUACAUCCUGUCGACGGCCUUUGACUGCGGUGUCGCUAUUGCAGCCAUCGUCACAUUCUUCGCACUCCAGUGGCCCGGUGUGGAGAUUAGUUGGUGGGGUAACGACAUUGUCAAUGUCGGUGCGGACGCGUACCCUGGUACGGCGCUACUCCCAGUGCCUGACAUUGGCUACUGGGGUCCAUCUUCUGGAUGGCAUUAG